CUCCCUGGUUCCGCUGCCGCUGCUCGACUCGCUGCAGCCGGAGCCGGGCGGCUGGCGGCUCCUGGCCGGUUGCGGGCGCGGCUUGCGAUGUGCGUGUCCCCGGCCUCCCCUCGGCCUCCCGCCGCCCACUGAGCCGAGUGCCCCCCUCCCGCUGCCCGCCAGCCCCACCAUGGCUGACCCCGAGCCCCAGCCGCAGGCCGAGCCCCCCCGCAGCCCGGGGACCCCGCCACUCCUACCCGGGGCCGCUCCCUCGUGCAGCCGCGUGAAGAUCCGAGUCGUGGCCGAGGAGGAGGAGGAGGAGGACCCCGAACCACAGCCUCUCCCCGUGGGCAACGGCAGCGACGAGGAAGCAGCCCGUCACGAGAAAUCCAGUGGAGCUGAGAACGAAGGGGAUGAAUUGGAGAGUGACUGGAAGGCACCGGACUCCGAGCUGAUACAAAAACUAGUUACCCAGAUUGAGUACUAUCUCUCUGACGAAAACCUAGAAAAGGAUGCAUUUCUUCUGAAGCAUGUGAGAAGGAAUAAAAUGGGAUACGUCAGUGUUAAGCUGCUGACAUCCUUCAAAAAGGUGAAGCACCUGACGCGUGAUUGGCGGACCACUGCACAUGCUCUAAAGCUGUCGGAGACACUAGAGCUGAAUGAAGAAGGCAGGAAAGUGCGGCGAAAGGUGGCAGUUCCUGUGUUCCCCAGUGAAAACCUUCCUAGUCGGAUGUUGCUGGUGUAUGACAUGCAAAAGUGCCCAGAAUUACAGGCGCUGAACCACAACACAGAGCCUGAAAACAGUGGUUUACAAGAGAGAAUUAUGGAAUAUCUGCUUAAGAUCUUUGGCCUCUUUGGUACUAUCUCUUCGGUGCGUAUUCUGAAGCCCGGGAAGGACCUUCCUCCAGAUGUGAAGAGGCUUAGCAACCGGUACUCACAGCUGGGAACCAAAGAAAGUGUAAUCGUGGAGUUUGAAGAUGUAGAAGCUGCAAUUGAAGCACAUGAGUCACUGGGAAAACCGACAGAAGACGAUGGCAUGAAAGUUGUGCUGAUCGGCAUGAAGCCACCAAAGAAGAAAGCUGUUCGAGACAAGGAGGACACCGGGAAGGCUAGCUCCAAAAACAAAUCUUUGAACAAGCGAGUGGAAGAGCUGCAGUUUGGUGCUGAGGAUUCUUCUCCAUGCAGUUCAUCUGAACCCGACAGCAACCCCACCUCUCCCAUGCUUGGGCGCAAGCUGAAACCCAACAACAAGCUGAGUCCCAACACUUACAACAAUCACUUGAGCCCCAAUGCAUCUCCUCGUUCCAGUCCCUGGAACAGUCCCCGAUCCAGCCCCUCAGUACAGCGGAAAAACCUGCUUGUAAGGAAAUCACCACUCACGGCAGAUACAAAACUCAGUCCUAGUACAAGUCCUGAUCUUGGCAGGAACUGGGUGGAUUAUUCGUCCGACAGCAGCACACCACCAUGUGGGAGCCCAUGGGUGCAGAGACGAAGACAGGCUCAGGCAGUGUCCCAUGAGAAUAGUCCCACAGGGAGCCCGAUGCUUUCACGGAAAAUCCUGAAUGCUGGCGGACUUCCUCCAGGAGUAGUGAGGUUGCCUAGAGGUCCUGAUGGUACAAAAGGAUUCCAAAUCGGUGGUGAAAGGGGCAAGCCACUUGUCAUCUGAAUAAAGACAUCUGUUCCCUGUUGUAACUUGCUCCAAGAAUGACUUGGUUCUGCUUUGUGGACCUGGUCUGUGAGGACCAUUUAAAAUGAGACCAAAUUUUAAAUGACUGAGUUGUAUGAUUUGAGUUUAGGUAGUAGUAUAUCUGUGAAGUUAUGUUUUGAUGUAAUGCUGGCAAAGCAGCUGAACCCUGUGUUUUUGUAUUAGCUUUUUUUCUAAGAAUGUAUGAACUAUACACUUUUUUUUGCUAUGCCAGGUAAGCGAAGCAGUUUUAUGAUUUACAUACCAAUUGUACAGUGAUGGGAACAGCCUAAUUGUGAAAUACUCAUUAGGGUAGCUAUGAGAUAUUGUAGCAAGCUGCUAGCUGCCUUGUUUCUUUAUGAACUUACAUUGGUUUAUUGCAAGUUAGGGGCAUUGAGUUACUUACUGUGUUAUCAUUGACCUUAUAGAAAGGGAAGUAUUAUUCAGAGUGAAGCGCUGAUAUUUGUUCAUUCAGACCAAAUUGUUGCUAUGAUGCAAAUAAAAACAUAUAGCAGUGAUGUCA